UUUUUCAUUCGUUCGACAUUUCAAUUAACAUAUUUACGCAUAUCCGGACGAAGAAAAAAUGCUCUAUACCAUCAUCGCAAUCGCUCUUUUAUUCGCACAUCCAUGUCAAUCCAUGAUUCCGGUGGCGCAUGAGACCGCAAGCUCAGCUCACGCAGGUGCCUCUGCCGAGGCCCUCGGAUCUAAGGCGGUGCCACUCGGUCUUGAGAGGCAGCCGAUCUAUAAAGUGCCCGAGCUGAGGAGUAAAGAUUUAAAGGGAAUGCGCAAGGAUUACAUGAAUUCAGAAAAAUCGUAUUUCUUCAUAGACAAUGAUGGUACAAUCAAGCCACCCGAGGCCGAGGCGGAGAAUACCGCCGCAUACAAGGAGAGGGUCAGGGAAGUUUUGACAAAGCUCACUGCUAAUGGUAAAAAUCAAGUUUGGCUAGUAACUGCCAGGGAAGUAUCAGCACUCGAAAAGGAGUACGGUAACAUUCCUGGACUGAAUCUGGCUGGAAAGAAGGGGGUGGAGUUGCGUCCAACGAACCCUACGAAAUUGAAACUUCCAGAUGUCAGCCAAAUUAGGAAUAAACUUCUACAAGAGGCAUCAGCUAUUAGUAACAGACUCGAAAUAAAGGGAGAUAUGUAUAGUGAAGGGCCUUACAGGCUCCGUUACAUGCAGCGUCAUGACAUGGCGAAAGAUAAAAGUACUGAAAUGACGGAAAUGAAAAAACAGGUAGCUGAGUUCAUUGAUAAAGAUGAGCAGUUCAAAGAUUUUGAAGCAAUAUUUAUAGAACAUGCCAACCAAUAUGAAGUAUCCAUACAGCACAAAACAUAUGGCACCAAGGCACUGAUUCCUACAUUGAUGCUUGAAAAAGAAUCACCAAAGUUUGCAUUGUCUAUGGGUGACAUGGAUAUGGAUGAAAAGAUGCAUGAAGUAAUGAGAGCAGCCGGCCAUCGUGCAAUCAUUGUGAAGAAACCAAAAUCAUCGUGGCAGCGUUUCCUUGCAAAAUAUCGAGAACCAGAACCAUUUGACUUUAAAGCAGGACCAGCUUUCAAUUCAUUUGCUACUCACAGAUUGGACAAUCAUCAAAAGGCCAUCAGAUUCCUUGAAUCUUUGGUGGAAACUCCUAAAACCUUUUCUCAAAAAUUUGCAUCAUUGUGGAAAAAUUGGGAGGGAUUUUUGCCUUCGCUUCUGAGAAAAAUUCAUUCAAAAUUAGGAUCAGGCAAGAAAACUGAAAACAGUCUGCCAGUCUAAUCUGGACUGGCUCUUAUUUUUUUCCCAAUAGGAUUAAUUUCUAUCAUUCUCAUCAUCAAACAAUCUU